AUGUUUUGAAAUUUCUUGUUCAUUGGCAAUGCAUUUCAAAAUUUGUUUCAUUUUUGUUACACUUGGGAUAUUAAUGCUACUUGGCGUAAAAGCAGAAGUAACACCAUCAUUGGGAGAAUUACUAGGAAUCAAUGCUGCCCCCGUGAGUUGUGAAGAUGUUAAGUGUUUUGGUCAAAACUCAUGCAGAACGGUGGCACCUCCAUGUAUUCCUGGAAAAACAUGUCCAACUCAACCAUUAUGUUCUACCCAAAUAUGAUAAAAUUAUACCCUUUUUUUUAUACGUCGAUGAAAUGAUUAUUCGC